AUGGACCGUGACGAUAGUGAGAGCACAACUUCUCUGGAAGAGGAAAAUACGGAGAAUUUCUGUGAUAAUCCAACGAGAGACACCCUCGCGGAGGGCUUGAUGGGCCUAUUCAAGCCUGCCAUUGAUCAAUUGGACGAAAGAGUGAGAGCAACCAGAGUGUCGCAGUUGGAGCUCAAAGAGCAGCUUGACAAAUUGCACGACGAGCUGCGGAAGAUCCAGGAGUCACAGAAGACGCCACCAGAACUGGAUGGUUACGUGAAGAAGUUGAUCAACGUGAAGCACAAAGUUACUGUUGUCACGAACGUUCUUCAGGGCGCGCAGGAUCGCCUGAACAGACUUCAUCAGCAGGUGGAUCGUGAGAAGCUGCGGAGGAAGACACUGCUGGACUCUGAAUUGGCCACGUCAGCUCCUCAUUUGGGCACUUCAGACUCUGUCACAUCACCCAAUUAAUCUGCCUUCAGCUUCCGUCAACAUGGAAACUCCUUUCCUCACGCACUUAACACAGGAAGAUUAUAAGUUUGUUUACGAAGCCGCUGAGGAUAGUUUUCUCCUUCUGGACGCUCUCGAAGAGGAUCUUCCGCAGAUUAGAGACCAGAAACCUUUGCUCUGUGUCGAGAUUGGCUCAGGA